AUGCAGCCAAACAUUAGAUCGUUCUUUGAAAAGCAAGCUGCAAACAAAGAUGCAGGCGAUAAACGAAAGCGAUCCGAGGAUGCUGACAAGAGCCCAGAAACACAACCCGAGUCUCCAUUGAAUGACAAGAAAAAGCAACGCGUGGCUGAUCCCGAGCAAGAUCCUGAAAUUCUGGAAGCCGAAGCCCAGGAGAAGGAACAAGAAGUCCAAAAGAGAGAAGAUGCUGCUGUAGCCAAAGAGAUCUCGUGUUUAUCGGUUCCUGAGGCUAGUGGGAAGCUUGGCAAGUCAUGGAAUACAGGCAAAGAUGUCCCUUAUGCUAUUCUUUGCGAGACAUUCAGCCUUUGUGGAAACACAACCAAGCGUACCGAGAUCACUGAAUAUUUGGUGUCGCUGUUCCUCAAGAUCAUUCAACAAACGCCAAGCGCUCUGCUUCAUACUUUAUACAUGUGCAUUAACAAGCUUUGCCCUGAUUAUGAAGGCCUUGAACUUGGAAUUGGUGAAUCUUUGCUUGUGAAAGCUAUUGCACAAUCCACGGGACGAAAGCCUGAAAAGAUCCAGGAAGAUUAUAGCAAAACCGGUGAUCUUGGAACAGUUGCAGAGAACAGCAAGCAAUCUCAGCGGACGUUAUUUGCCCCAAAGCCCCUCACUGUACAGCACGUCUUCAAAACCUUGAAAGAAAUUGCACAAAUCACUGGCCAAUCAUCUCAAUCCAACAAAAUCCGCAAGAUUCAAGGUCUUCUCGUUGCAUGCCAAGGUCAUGAAGCCAAGUUUCUCAUUAGACAAUUGGAAGGCAAGCUGCGUAUUGGUUUAGCGGAACAAACGGUGCUUACAGCUCUGGCACAUGCUGUGGUGCUUAGUCAAGAAGAGACCAAAAAGUUGUCUGUGGAAAGCAAAGAGCAAAAGCUGGCAAGUGCUGUGGAUACAGUUAAAUCCGUUUACAAUCAACUGCCAUGCUAUGACAUGCUCAUUCCUGCGCUCUUGGAAUACCCUAUGGAACAAUUGUUAGAGAGGUGUACAAUGAGACCUGGUAUCCCAUUGAAGCCUAUGCUUGCACAUCCCACCAAGAGUCUGAAAGAAGUGUUGGAUCGAUUCGAGGAUCAAAGCUUCACAUGUGAAUUCAAAUACGAUGGUGAACGAGCUCAGAUUCAUCGAUUGCAUGAUGGAAGCACAAAGAUUUAUAGUCGCAAUUCCGAAGACAUGUCUGUCAAAUACCCUGAUAUCGUGGAUAAAAUUGAAAAGUGGGUUGGUCCCUCUACGACUUCCUUCAUCUUGGACUGUGAAGCGGUUGCGUGGGAUGUUGAGAAGAAGUGCAUAUUGCCUUUCCAGGUCUUGAGCACGCGUAAGCGAAAAGACGUCAAGGAGGAAGAUAUCAAAGUACGAGUAGCUAUAUUUGCGUUUGAUUGCUUGUACUUGAACGGCGAGUCUUUGUUACAACGAUCAUUAAAAGAGCGUCGUGAAAAGCUACGAGCGUCAUUCAAGAUCACCGACAAUGAAUUCUAUUUCGCCGAGCACAUGGAUACCAACAAGAUUGAAGACAUCCAAACCUUCCUUGAUGUAUCUAUCCAAAGCAGCUGUGAAGGUCUAAUGGUCAAACUCUAUGAGAAUGAUGAGGCUUCCUAUGAACCAUCCAAGCGAUCUCGGAAUUGGCUCAAGGUCAAAAAGGAUUAUCUUGCAGGAGUCGGCGAUACUGUGGAUUUGGUGGUGAUUGGUGCCUUCAAGGGAAAGGGUAAACGUACCAACGUAUAUGGAUCAUUUCUCUUGGCGUGCUACGACCCUGAGACAGAAGAAUACCAAACCGUGUGCAAGCUGGGAACCGGGUUUUCGGAUGAGAAUCUACAAAAAUUCUAUACAGACUUGAAUGAGCACAAGAUUCAACAACCAAAAAGGUUUUAUUGCAUUGGCGAGAAUCCAGAAACACCAGACGUGUGGUUUGCACCUCAUAUUGUAUGGGAGAUUCAAUGCGCAGAUCUCAGCAUCAGUCCGCGAUAUAUGGCAGGUGUGGGAGUGGUUGAUCCUACCAAAGGCAUUUCAUUGCGUUUUCCCCGGUUUAUUCGUACAAGAGAAGAUAAGGAUCCUGAAGAUAUCACAUCGAGUGACCAGAUUAUCGAAUUUUACAGAAAACAACAACAAAACCAUGACGUAUAA